AAUCAUUUGGCCCGUCCUGUCAUCUGGACAUUACCUAAGAACUAACCGAAAAAUUACUAACGUCAUGAUGUAGUCAUCCUACCUUCAUCCAUAUACACCACAUAUUCGUCAUAAGGCCACCAAUGGAGAAAUUCACGUAACAUCACGCAUGAAGCAUGGGCAAGAAAACUAGACAUGUCAAACCAUACAGCUGCGAAUCCGCUCAAUUUCGACGUAAAAGAAAACCCUUAAAAGAGUCAAGCGAAUCUGGAGGUGCAGCAUCCUCUGAUGUGAGUAGGAAUACAGACGAGCUUGUCAGAUUGAUUUUAGAUUGCGUAGAUCAAAUUCCUGCUCUAACAGACCAGCUGGUUCAAAAUAUCUUAGGCAAUGAAGCGGAUGAAGCAAUUGUAAAUGAUAGCGAAGAAAUAAAAAAUGUAGACUUUGAAAACUGCUCCGAAAGUUGCGUACAGAACAUACCGUCUCAGAAAAGCAAAAAUACUAAACACGUAGAAAUCCAAAGCAGCAUUCAGGAACGUCCAAGAAAUGACGGAGCUGUAGAUGCGAAAAACAGGUCGACAGAUACAAUGAGAUGUGCUUUAAGGCUUGUAGAGGCAUGUUGUGAUCAAUGUGGAAUCGAUACUGUCCUUCAGAUUCCACAAGAGGUGAAAGACGAGGUCAAGGCAGCUAUAGCAAGGCUGCAAAAUCUGCUGAAUGAGAUGAGUACUGACGUGUUAAGGGCUAUUAGCGAUUGCUUGAGGCAAGCUAUAGCUUCAGAAUCAGAAUAUAUGACAGAUACUUGUAAUUCUAUUGAAAUAUCAAAUGCACCAGUAAGUAGAGCAGAUAGAAAAGAUAACAAAAAUGAUAACAAGAAAAGUUGUAUGAAGGUGACACUAUCGCUGUUAUCAGGAGCAAAAACUGAGAUAGUGGAAGUAACUAAAACAAGCUCUUAUGACCAGCAAUCUCAAAACAAGGACAAAAGAUUAGAUGAUAAAGAGUUACAAAAAUCUGAGACUUUCAAACAGGAUUCCUCAAAAACGUAUCUAAAAAAAGAUAAGUCGAAAGAUAAAUUAUAUAGUGAAGCUGGAAAUUCUAGAAGUGAGGUCACAGAUUCUCCAAAUAAUGAUGCGUCACAACAAUCCGUGACUAAGAAACAAGAUUUUUCAAACAGAAGUAUCUGGUGUUCGAAAAAGUCUAAAAAAGAAGAGCACAGAUCUUCCACAUCAAAUGAGAAAGACUCCAAGAAACCUAUCAAGAGGUCUAAAAUGAAACUGGCAGAUUCAAAGCACGAGUUAACAAAAUCAGAUCCUGAUAAUGAUUACAAAGGAAACAACAUCAAGAGAGAAGAGUCUGUAAAGCUGAAACAGUACCAUGAGCCUCAACGAAAUGAAGUAAGCUGUUGCCAAAUAAUUCAACAAGGAUGUAAAGCGUCAGAUGUUAUGUCAAGACGUGAAGACGAUCCUAUGUCAAGCAAGUCUACAAGCCUUCCAGAGAACAAAAGAGACAAGAGUGACUACGAUAUACACCGAUCUUCCAGAUUAAGUGAGAAAGACUCCAAGAAAUCUGUCAACGGAUCUAAAACCAAACUGGCAGAUUCAAAGCAUGAGUCAAGAAAAUCAGAUCAUUAUAACGAUCACAAAGAAGACAAAAUUAAUAGAGAAGAGAAUUCUGUAAAGCCUAGAGAUGACCACAGGCCUCAGCAAAUUGAAGGACGUUUUUGCCAAAUAAUUCAUCAAGGAUGUAAAGGGUCAGAUGUUAUGUCAAGAUGUGUGGACAAUCCUAAGUCAAGCAGGUCUGGGAGUAUUCUAGAGAACAAAAGAGAAAACACUGACAAUGAUGUGCACAGAGCUUCCGCAUCAGACGAGAAAGACUUUAAUAAAUCUGUCAAGGGAUCUAAAACGAAACUGGCAGAUUCAAAGCCUGAGUCAACAAAACCAUAUUAUGAUAAUGAUCAGAAAGAAUACAAAAUGAAGAGGGAAAAGAAGUGUGUGAGACCGAAAGAAGACCACCAGACCCAGCACAAUGAAGGAUGUUAUUGCUAUCGAGGAAAUAAAGCGCCAGAUGAUAUGUCAAGGUGUGAGGACAGUUAUAAGUUAAGCAAGUCUGGAAGUCAUUCAGAGAACAUAAGAGAGAAAAAGACCGAAAAAGAAGAGUACAGAUCUUCCACAUUAAAUGAGAGAGACUCCAAGCAAUCUGUCAAGGGAUCUGAACCCAAACUGGCAGAUUCAAAGGAUGAGUCGACAAAAUUAGAGCAUGAUAAUAAUCACAAAGAAGACAAAAUUGAGAUAGAAGAUAAGUCUCAUCGGAAUGGAGGAAGUUGUUGCCGAAUGACUCAUCAACAAUGUGAAGACGAUCAUAACUCAGGCAAGCCUGGAAAUCAUUCAGAGAAUAAGAUGAACAACAAUGGCUAUGAUAUAUACAUAUCUAGAACAGGCAUUUAUAUGGCCACUUCUAUGGAUCUGAAUCAGAAACGAUCUGGUCAAGUUCAAGACAAAAUAAAAUCAGACCCUAGAGGGUGUUCAAGUACAUCAAUGUCCAAGCGCCGAGAUUCUAGAACCCAAUGCUGCUCUAAGCACCAGAAAGCUCACGAAAGCCAUACCGAAGUCUAUCCAAGCAGAUCUAGUAAAGCAGUUACUGAUUUAACAGACAAGAAUUCAUGUGAUACUACCAGAGGUUCAAGAAGCUCGUUAACUUCAAGUUCAAAUCAAAGUUUUACGGAUCACAGUAAAAAACGUAGAAGUGUAGCAAAACACGAUAAGAAAAGCCAGACAAAUGAUUGUCGAUGCUUUGAGAAGAAACAGAAAUCCAACAGUAGAGCUCCUACAUCAGGACAUUCGUAUACAAGAUCUUCACCUUCAACAUCGUGCAAGCAAUGCUGCAACGAUAAAAUGAAUAGGAGUAAAUCAGAAGUUUCUCCUCCUCAACCAUCAACCAAUUCUUGCAACCAAAAAUCUUCAAAUAAUUUAUCACACCACAGAAGAAUGUCAAGCACUAGCACCCAACCACACGCCAGUGAAUCUUCAAUCUGUCCAUGCUCACAUCAAAAUGCUGAAGAUACAUCUCACUGUCUUUCUGAACUCAUACGUAGAAUCCAAGCCUUGUUGCACGAAAGGUGUUUUCGGAUAUUCUUUGGGCCAUCUUUGGAUGAGUCCGCUAUUGCAUUCUAUGAAACGUAUCCACUUUUACCCACUGCAGUUUCUAAUGCUAGGGUUAUGAUGAGGUGUCUACUGUCUUCUGAUGAAGAAGAAUUCUGAACUGGCUUCUACACGUCAAGAAGGGUUGGUAUAGGUGAGCUUCAAGGGAUAAGAUCUCAAAAUAUACCGGGUGAUUCAAAUUCGACUCCCACCACUGCCCACAUCGAACCACAUCUCAUCUCAAAAUCAUCAAGUGUCGCAUUCUACGAAAACCAACAUGGAAAAGAAAACGGUACAGUUUCAACGAUAUGCGGAAUUAGUAGAAAACGAGCUCGAACUUCUCAUAUUCUCAAUGUUCGAUCUGAUUGACUCAAAAGUGAAAACCUUGAGGAAGUUAAUGAAGUUCCACAUGCACAUUAAGAGGGUAACGACGUUAUCAUCUUUGAAGAAAAUGGGAUUGGCACGCAGCAAAUUUAAAAACGCCAAUUUGCCACCGUAUCCGAAUUGUUACUCGACAGAGAGUGAGGAGAUGUACUCUUUGUUGCCUAACAAAGGCAGUUUUGAUGCUAGUGAAAUCAGGACUUCUGAGAUUAGAGAUUUGUCAUCUGACGAUAAUGCAGAUCAUGUGAAGCAAGCGUUACCGAAUGAUUCUUUGCCAACUAUUGUACUAACCGAUGACAACAUCGCUGCGAAUCUGCAUACAGCACAGAAAAACUCAAACCAGAACAGCUCAUCAAUAACCACAGAGCAAGAUAUUUCCAAGGACAAAUUCGAGGAAGAUGGAACUGUCAAAAAAAAGUUCGAAAGAACUGAGGGAACCGUUGAAAAGUCCAAAAAUACUGAGCAAGCCUUCAAAGAGAAAUCUGAGGAAAAUGAUGGAAAUUUCAAAGAGAAAACUGAGACAAAUGAAGGAAUAACCAAGGAUGAGUCCAAAGAGAGUCAAUCGGCAGAUUCUAAAGAUAGCAACACAAAUGCUAUUGCAAAAGAUACCACUGAUGGAAUUGGAGACUCAUCGGUGCUACUGACACAUGACGACAAGUACACUAGCUACGUAACCAAAACCGAUACUAUGGAUACAAUAUCUGAUGACGAAAGGAAUGAUACUGACAAUUCAGGGUGCGAUGGUACAACAAAUUCGACAGCUAACUACGUAGCAGUCCGAACUCUGGAGGGAGCUUUGAACUCGCUGCAUGACUGUCAUCCUGGAGAUAGUGGAGUAUUUUUAGAUGGAAACACUUUCAAGCAUGUUGUUGACAUUCUACAGACAGUAUUGAAUACUUGUUGCCAAAAGAAAAGAUUGAGAUGUUCCUCAUUAGAAAGACAGGAUGAUAUAGAGAAAUGUCGUACCCAACCAACUUUCAAAAUGGUCGGCGGAGAAGUUCCAGUAAGAAUCAGCAGUUCCGUGGCUGAUUGUAAGAAGUACGUCAUCAGGCAGUGAAGUGUCCUGUGUUAGUUCUCGUCCCAUGGAUUAUUGCUUGAUACUUCUAUCCAGUGUCAAUUUUGUGAAUUUUCAAUAUGAUGGUAACAGUAACGAAAAAAUAAAGCCAUUCCAUACUUUUUUAUA